AUGGCCAGUCCCCGAGCUCCGCAACCGUCGGCGCCGCCGCGGCUUCCCCUCCUCUUCCUCCUCCUCUUCCUCCUCUCGCCGGCGGCGCCGCCCGCCAGAGCGCACCCCCGUUACGACCACCAUCACCACCUCCACAACGAGGACCACCAUCACAGCCACCACGGGGACUACGACUUCGAGGAGGUCGACGACGAGGACUGCGUCCUCGCUAGGGGCGUCCGGCUCGCCGCCGACUACGUCCCCGGCGUGGUCGCCGUCGACGGGCGUGCCGACGAGUGGGCCGACGUCGCCGGAACCACACUCCCCAUGCUGCCGGCGCUCGAGCCCGACGACGUUGACGAGGUCUACCCCGAAGGGAAGUUGACUCUCAAGGUGCCGCUGACCGCGCUCCCUUUUACGUUGAAAUCCUAA